AUGGAAGACCUCUUUCGUGUCUUGUCUAGCCGCCAAGAGGAUGACAGCCCAUCGAUAUCGGACUUCAACACGGCCCAACAGAGGGCGUUCGGGGUCAAUGGGUCAUUGAUCAUCGUCAUAGUCUUCGUCAUGGGCGUCAGGUUAUACACGAGGUUCUCCAUUACGAAGUCAAUUGGAGCUGACGACUUUAUGAUGAUUGCCGGAACCAUCGCCACAAUCCUGCAGUCUGUUUGUGUCAUGAUAUCCGUGAGACACGGCCUAGGGAGAAUCAGAGCCGAAAUACCGUCGAAUGAGUGGGAGCCAAUGUUGCUGGUAUGUUUGUUUUCUGAGUCUCCCCGCAAGAUUCCAAACAUCAACGAGGACUCACUAACCGUGCUCCCCUGUGCAAAGUCGCUCUAUAUCUCCCGAUUGUUCUUCGCCGUCGGCAACGUGCUCGUCAAAGUCGGUCUUUUGUUAUUUUAUCUGCGCCUCGAUAACCGACCAAAGAUGCGAUGGACGGUGUAUGGACUCAUGGCGGCAGUGAUCGGCUUGGGAAUAUGUCACUUCGUCAUGUCCGCCAUCGAAUGUAACCCUGCCGAGGUAUUCUGGACAUCUAAGGGGAGUCACGAAAUCUAUGCGAAAUACUGCAUGCCGGCUGCGGUGCAGCAGGCAUUCUGGGACGCCGCCGGUGUGAUUGUCAUUGUUACAGACAUUUGUCUUUGGAUCUGUCCGAUUCCCAUGAUUUGGGGCUUGCAACUACCGCAGCGACAAAAGUGGGCGAUAUCGGCAGUAUUUGCGCUGGGAGUGGUUUGCGUUGCAGCUGGCUGCGUGCGCUUCUACUACGUCCGACAACUGGCAAACGAACCCGAGAUAUACCGACAAUUCGCCAGCUCGCUUAUCUGGUACGCCGUGGAGCUCUACGUCGCCAUCUUCUGCGGCUGCUCCUCUGCACUCAAGACGUUCUUCAAGACGUUCUUUCCCGCACUGUUGGGCUUCUCUUCAUGCAAAACAAAGUAUCCUCUGGGGAGCAAUGGCAAGGAAGGACAGGGAAAUGGAACGCGAUCAUCGUAUCCUCUACAGAGUCUGCCUAGCCGACAUACCGAAUAUAAAGCUACCGUCACAUCAGGCGGGAGAGGGAGGGGAGACGAGACGAGUAUGGAGAAUGUAUCGAGAAACGACAGUGAAGAGGCUAUCAUACACGGGGCUUCAGAAGGCUGGGAUACUCCCAAGGGGGCGGAAGUACAACAGAAGAUCCGUAGAGCUUCUACUGAUUCGAACAUGAAGUAA